CUCCUCUUUCAAAUCACAGUCGUUCAGGAGACAUCAUUGAACCACUGCUAAAGAAGCAGUGGUUCGUCCGGUGUGAUGAAAUGGCUAAAAACGCUAUUAAGGUGGUGGAGGAUGGAGAGCUGAAAAUCGUCCCGCACUUCUACGCUAAGUCAUGGAGGACAUGGUUGUCCAACAUCAGUGACUGGUGUAUUUCCAGGCAACUGUGGUGGGGUCACCAGAUCCCUGCCUAUCAAGUGGAGCUUCCAGAUUCUAGAACCAACACAGAAGAGGAGCGAUGGGUUUGGGGACGCACCGAGGACGAGGCGAGACAAAGGGCCGCUGUUAAAUAUGGAGUGCAUCCCACGUCCGUAAAUUUGACCCGAGGUGAUUCACUUUUCAAAACGACAUUAAAUGAAGCCUUUCAAACGAUUACAGUUUGUAACCUUAUUGAUCGCAGGAUCUUUAGCAAGGCCGGCAGCGAUGACAGUUCAUCUAUGAUUUGGGCACGAACUGACCGUGGAGACGACAUCAGCCUGUCCGUCUCUCAGGUGCUGAGCUGCAGACACUUCUGCAACAAAAUGUGGCAGACAGUCAGAUUCACAUUGGGAGUGCUGGAACACACCAAAGCCCCCAUUCAGUCACUGGAACAGUGCAAACCUCCACCUCUCUAA